AUAUAUUUAAUUGCACGGCUGGACUUAUCGCUGCUGAUUGUGAGGUUUCUUGAUAAAUGAACUUUCGAAUAGCUUUGAUAACUCCCGGUUAUAUCUAGAGUGUAAAGUCAAUUUAAUCGUGAAGAUGGAGUCGGCGCUGAAGUAUCUCUCGGGCUUUGGGAGCGAGUUUGCGAGCGAGGAUCCUCGCUGUUCAGGCUCUCUACCGCAAGGUCAAAAUACUCCGCAGAAGUGUCCCUACGGCCUCUACGCCGAGCAACUGUCGGGCACAGCUUUCACUGCACCUAGAGGUGAAAACAGACGCACUUGGUUCUACAGGAUAAAACCAUCUGUUUGUCAUGGGAGAUAUGAACAAGUUGAGAAGACUAAACUGAGUCAUGACUGGAGAAAUUUCGAUCCCAAUCCAUUGCGGUGGAGUGCAUUCGAAGCACCAACUCGUCAAGGCUCGCCCGUUGACUUUGUGGAGGGUCUCCACACAGUCUGCGGAGCUGGAGAUGCAUCAACGAGGACUGGUGUUGGCAUUCACGUUUAUCUGUGCAAUGCCUCGAUGAAAGACACUGCUUUCUACAACGCUGAUGGUGAUUUCCUCAUCGUGCCACAGCUCGGCACUUUGGUGAUUACAACGGAAUUUGGAAAGAUUCAGUGUGAGCCCAAUGAAAUCAGCGUCAUUCAACAGGGAAUGAAAUUCUCUGUCAGCGUUUUUGGACCCUCCAGGGGAUAUAUUCUCGAAGUUUUCGAUAAUCACUUUCAGUUGCCGCAUCUCGGGCCGAUUGGGGCUAAUGGCCUAGCCAAUCCCCGCGACUUUCUCACUCCAGUCGCCUGCUUCGAAGAUCGUGAUUCAAAAUUCAAAAUCUACACAAAAUACCAGGGAAAACUAUUCUCCUUCGAGCAAAACAGCAGCCCCUUUGACGUUGUAGCUUGGCAUGGCAAUUAUGUGCCUUACAAAUACGAUUUAAAUCGUUUUAUGGUCAUCAAUUCCGUCUCCUUCGAUCACUGCGAUCCUUCAAUCUUCACUGUUCUCACUUGUCCCUCUGUGAGGCCAGGCACAGCUAUCGCUGAUUUCGUUAUAUUUCCACCUAGAUGGUCUGUUCAAGAGAAUACUUUCCGGCCGCCGUACUAUCACAGAAAUUGCAUGAGUGAAUUCAUGGGCUUGAUAAAGGGCCAGUACGAGGCUAAAGAGGUGGGCUUUCAGCCGGGGGGAGCAUCUCUUCACACAAUGAUGACACCUCAUGGGCCUGAUGUCAAGUGUUUCGAGGGAGCUAGCAACGCUGAGCUGAAGCCCGAGAGGAUUGCGGAGGGCACCAUGGCUUUCAUGUUUGAGACGUCUCUGUGCAUGGGCCUCACUUCCUGGGCUGCUACCAGCAGCAAACUGGAUCCCAAUUAUUUGGACUGUUGGAAAGGGCUCAAGAAGCAUUUUAAUUCUAGUGAUGGGGGUAAAUCAGCUGUCUGAUUUUCUCCUUUGGUAUUUUAAUUUUUUUUAUGGCGUUGUGAAACUCUUUAUCUCAAUCGAAAGUAAAUGAAUUGUGCCUUGAUGUGAUGAUUUCGGGGUUUUUGGUUUUGAUUUGAUUUUGAUUUUAAAAAACAAUUUUUAAGUUGUGACCCUUGUGACCCUUUUGAACUUUGUGUCCCUUGAGUCCCUUGGACAAUUCAUUUGGAUGAAAAAUAUAUUCACGUCUUCUAAUUACUAAAAUCGCGUUUUUAAUUCGCAAUUAUUCAAUCAAUUCGUGGUUUAUCGACCAAUGUUGACAUGCAAAUGUUAAACUCAAUGCGAUUUCAUUAAUCAGAUCAGUUGUGUUAUGUUACACUCAAUAAAGAUGAAUUGAUGCGGUGGUCA